AUGCCCGUCGCCAUCACCAAACCCCUUGUCCACGUCUAUGACGAUGCAAGCUCACUACCUUCCAGUGUUUGGGAAGCAUUCCGCAACAACGAACGCGACUCAAAUAUCAUGUACCCACACGCAAUAGCGUCCGCCUCAUCUCCAAGGCGCGAUCCCAACACCUUUUGGAUGACCUGUUCGUCCUAUCGGUCUGUGAACGGUACAUCAUCUCUAUCCAUCGACCUCGUCCUCUCCUGCGGAAAUGGUCCCCUAGGAUCAUCGCCUAUCUUCAUAUUCGCCACUGCACCAUUCGAGGCCCUCACAUCAUCAUACCUCAUGCCUCGCAUCGAAGAACUCGUCUACACUCUCGCCGAGCACGUCCCCGUGGAGCGCGUUUUCUCCGUCUUCGCACCAGAACCCGUCACCCGCAUCUUCAGACACUUGUGGUCUACCCUUACACGGGUUGCGUUCUACGAGGAGCCUUACUACGCAGCGAAAUUCGCGACCUGCACACGGGAGACGUUUGUCGACAGGCGCAUGACGCUCUUCAACGACAUCACCUACGUUCCCCGCUUGGCAGUAGAAAGUGAUCUGGAGGCGGUUGCCGACCUGUGCAAAGGCUUUGCAUCGACAUCAGAACCAUUCAUUCUGUCGGAACAGGGAGCUCUUAAGGAUGCCGCGUACAUGAUCCGUCACCGCUGUAUCUGGGUCCUUGAAGCCCGAGUAGCUGGCCGACGCCCCGAGCUAUCCUCCAUCGUGGCCUCGUGCCGCCAAUCAUCAGACGUCGCAGCGAUUACCAAAGUUUACACCAACCCUCGGUGGAGAAAGAAGGGAUGUGCUGAACGCCUAGUUCGUUGGGUAUGCAAGCACCUGCUCAAGACGAAGUCGAGUCUCGUGCUCUACGUCGCCCACGAUAACCCCGCCGCCGCUGGUGUUUACAAGCGUGUCGGGUUUGUCGGGACGGGUGUCGGUAAGGAGACGGAGGAGUCGGAGCCCUGGUUGGAGGUUGGCUUCGACCGUUCAGUUGUCAAGCUUGGACACUGGUAA